ACUUUUCAAUUUCUCUCAACUCCAGUUCGAUUGUCGGAAUUUUUGAAUUACAAAUUAUUGUUACUUUUAAAUGCACACGGUUGAACAGCAGUAUCACCACACCUAGAAAAGUUUUAAAUUAAGUCCUAAGGAAACUAAAUCUUUAGUAUUGACACAUUUCGAUAUUCAAAUUAUAGCAAAAUAGUAACUAGCGAGAUAGAAAAUGCUGAAAUGUGUGCAAAGUAACGUGGUCAUUCCGGUGCGUUUCAUGGCGUCGUAUCAUUCGAUAUACGGUCACAAUUUGCAGGCAUACUCUCGAAGUUAUUACGAUGUACUCAAGGUGCCCCUGAAUUCGAGCGGCAAGGAGAUUAAGCAAGCGUUCUUUGCGCUAUCGAAGAAAUACCACCCCGAUGGCAACAGUGGUACGCACGAUUCUGACGAGUUUGUCAAGGUUUGCGAGGCAUACAGGGUUCUCUAUAAACGAGCUUCACGCGAUCACUAUAACAAUCGGUUAAGGUCGCGCUAUCGCGCAAUAGCGCCCGUAGAAACUUGUUAUAUGAACAAAAAUGUACAUAAAUCCUGGGUCAGGUACCAGGCGGCAGUGCGACAUAAGCAAUUCGGACAUGAUAUGCGUUUUAGCGUUUCCCCAACUUUGAGUAAGAAUCAGUUGGUUAGGGUGAGAGGAGUGCGCCUUCUCCCAGCCGGGAAGCCAGUGCCCAUUGUCAGCACUAUUGACGUGGAUGCAGUUCCAUUGCCGUUUUUCAAUACUCAAUCAAACGAGAGAUUUCUGUCUGCCUUGUACUUAACAGCCUUCGGCCUGGUUGUUUCACUCCUUGUGUUGGAUUCUGUAAAGCGAUGCAAACAUACCUCCGAAAAAGAUAACCGUGCAGUAUCUGGACGCCGUUCAUACAAAUAUUUUAGUGCUCUAUUAUCUUUAAUAUGUAAUACGUAAUCAAAAUCACAUUGUACCCAAACAGACGCUCCGUAGUAAUAUUAUUAUAUUAUAU